AUGAAAGACCGAACACCCUCGUCGUCCUCGUCACGAGAAGACGCCGCCGAGACGACUGCCGAUGAAGAGGACUCCGAAGACUACUGCAAGGGCGGCUAUCAUCCCGUCUCUGUUGGUGAGCAGUUCAAGGAUGGGAAAUAUACCGUGGUGCGCAAGCUGGGCUGGGGUCACUUCUCGACAGUCUGGCUUUCCAGAGAUAAUGUGACGGGGAAGCACGUCGCCUUGAAGGUCGUGCGGUCCGCAGCCCACUACACCGAAACCGCUAUAGACGAAAUCAAGCUGCUCAACAAGAUCGUGGCCGCCAAACCAGAUCACCCUGGCCGAAAACAUGUCGUCAGCCUUCUGGAUUCCUUCGAGCACAAAGGCCCCAAUGGCACGCACGUUUGCAUGGUGUUUGAGGUCCUGGGCGAGAAUCUUCUGGGCCUGAUCAAGCGGUGGAAUCAUCGAGGCAUCCCCAUGCCGCUCGUCAAGCAGAUCACGAAGCAAGUCCUCCUGGGUCUAGACUACCUGCACCGAGAGUGUGGAAUUAUACAUACAGAUUUGAAGCCUGAGAACGUAUUGAUAGAGAUCGGGGACGUGGAGCAGAUUGUCAAGACAUUUGUUAAAGAGGAGCCGAAGAAGGACAACAAGGAAGAUAACCCGAAUGGGAGGAGGAGACGACGGACACUCAUCACGGGCAGCCAGCCUUUACCCAGUCCAUUGAACGCCAGCUUCAACCAUGCUGAUUUGAUGCGGUUUCCUGGUAGCACGCCAGGUUCGCACACAAGUCUAAACCAAAUGAUGCACGAAGGCGGCUCGAAAGACGGCUCUCCCAAGAACGAUAAGGACGAGGAGGAAAAGCACAAGCAGAGGGAAAGGACAGCAGAUAUCCUCACCCGUGAAGUCUCCGGCAUCUCUUUAGACAAGUCCUCCUCGAGUGAAAAGAAAGAUGAAACAACCGGCUACGAAAAGAUCUCCGUCAAGAUAGCAGAUUUAGGCAAUGCGUGUUGGACAGGUCACCAUUUCACAAACGAUAUCCAGACAAGGCAAUACCGCUCCCCAGAGGUUAUUCUCGGCGCAAAAUGGGGUGCAAGUACAGAUGUCUGGAGUAUGGCUGCUAUGGUCUUCGAACUCAUAACCGGUGACUACCUCUUCGACCCGCAAUCCGGCACCAAAUACGGCAAAGACGACGACCACAUCGCGCAAAUUAUCGAGCUCCUGGGCCCGUUCCCGAAAUCCCUCUGCCUCUCCGGAAAAUGGAGCCAAGAAAUCUUCAACCGCAAAGGCGAGCUGCGAAAUAUACACCGGCUACGACACUGGGCUUUGCCCGAUGUGUUGAAGGAGAAAUACCAUUUUAAAGAGGAUGAGGCGAGGAAGGUGGCUGAGUUCUUGGUCCCGAUGCUGGAGUUGGUUCCCGAGAAGAGGGCGAAUGCGGGGGGUAUGGCUGGCGCGGAAUGGUUAGAGGAUACCGUAGGCAUGCGGGGGCUGAAGAUUGAGGGCUUGGCGGUGGGGAGCAAGGGGGAGGGCAUCGAGGGGUGGGCUUGUGAGGUUAAGAAGCGGUAG